CGAAGAGAGUCAGGGGCACUGCAAAGGCCAACGUUGGUGCCGGUCAAAGUGAGCUGGGAUCAGACGCAGAUGGAGCGAAGACUCUGCAGUGACUUUACCUACAGCGAUCGUGUAGAUGUUUCACAAGAGGAUUAAUCAAGAAAGUAAGGCAGGAGGAAACGAGCAAAUUACGUCGCUCUCCAUGACCCAUCCCAAGGCUCACAGUUCAAGCUAAUCAUUGACAGAGCUUUACAAUCACAAGCUUUUACUGAAGCGUUUGAUAAGACAGGCGGGCAGUGAGCAGCCAGCGAAGCCAGGCUGUGCGGCUGGAUCUCCAGGGAAUGAAUGGAUUUUCUGCAGCGCCCAUGAAAGAAACAUACACUACAGGAAAACAAUGUGCAACCGUGGUCUGCAAAGAUCUGUCAUCCUGUCGGCAUUUAUUCUCCUACGAGCUGUUACUGGAUUGUCUGGGGACGGAAGCGCUGUAUGGUCUAAAACUCCUCAUUUUAGCCGGGUAAAUGAAAGUCAGCUGUUUCUCUAUGACACUUUUCCUAAAAACUUUUUCUGGGGCGUUGGGACUGGAGCAUUUCAAGUGGAAGGGAAUUGGAAGACAGAUGGAAAAGGACCCUCUAUAUGGGAUCAUUUCAUCCAAACACACCUUAAAAAUGUCAACAGCACGAAUAGUUCCAGUGACAGUUACAACUUUCUGGAAAAAGAUUUAUCAGCCCUGGAUUUUAUUGGAGUUUCUUUUUAUCAGUUUUCAAUUUCCUGGCCAAGGCUUUUCCCUGGUGGAAUAGCGGCAGUUGCCAAUGCAAAAGGUGUCCAGUACUACAAUGCUCUUCUCGAUGCUUUAGUACUGAGAAACAUUGAACCUGUAGUUACUUUAUACCACUGGGAUUUGCCUCUGGCGCUACAAGAAAAAUAUGGGGGGUGGAAAAAUGAAACCAUAACAGAUAUCUUCAAUGACUAUGCCACCUACUGUUUCCAGACGUUUGGGGACCGUGUCAAAUACUGGAUUACAAUUCAUAAUCCGUAUCUAGUCACUUGGCAUGGGUACGGGACAGGUAUGCAUGCUCCUGGAGAGAAGGGAAACUUAGCAGCUGUCUACACUGUGGGACACAACCUAAUCAAGGCUCAUUCGAAAGUUUGGCAUAACUACAACACAAAUUUCCGCCCACAUCAGAAGGGUUUGGUGUCAAUCACGUUGGGAUCCCACUGGAUUGAGCCAAACAGAUCAGAAAACAUGGUGGAUAUACUCAAGUGUCAACAGUCCAUGGUUUCAGUGCUCGGGUGGUUUGCCAACCCUAUCCAUGGGGAUGGAGACUAUCCGGAGAUGAUGAAAAAGAAGUCGUUCUCCAUCCUACCCCUUUUCUCUGAAGCAGAGAAGAAGGAUGUGAGGGGCACCGCUGACUUCUUUGCCUUUUCCUUUGGACCCAACAAUUUCAAGCCCCAGAACACCAUGGCUAAAAUGGGACAAAAUGUGUCACUCAAUUUAAGAGAAGUGCUGAAUUGGAUUAAACUGGAAUAUGACAACCCCCAGAUCUUGAUUGCUGAGAACGGCUGGUUCACAGACAGUCAUGUGAAGACAGAAGACACCACAGCCAUCUACAUGAUGAAGAAUUUCCUCAACCAGGUUCUUCAAGCUAUAAGGUUUGAUGGAGUACAAGUGUUUGGCUACACUGCCUGGUCCCUCCUGGAUGGCUUUGAAUGGCAGGAUGCUUACACCACUCGCCGAGGAUUAUUUUAUGUGGAUUUGAAUAGUAAACAAAAAGAAAGAAAGCCCAAGUCUUCGGCACUUUACUACAAACAGAUCAUACAGGAGAAUGGUUUUACUUUCAAGGAGUCCACCCCAGAUGUGCGGGGUCAGUUUCCCUGCGACUUCUCGUGGGGAGUCACCGAAUCUGUCCUUAAGCCCAAGGUGGUGGCUUCCUCCGCACAGUUCAGCGACCCUCACCUGUACGUGUGGAACGUGACAGGCAACAGACUUUUGCACCGAGUGGAAGGGGUGAGGCUGAAAACACGGCCAGCUCAAUGCACAGACUUCGUCAGCAUCAAAAGACAGAUGGAGAUGCUGGCGAGAAUGAAAGUCACUCACUACAGGUUCGCUCUGGACUGGCCCUCCAUCCUUCCCACGGGCAACCUGUCCGUGGUUAACCGACAAGCUCUGAGGUACUACAGGUGUGUGGUCAGCGAGGGGCUGAAGCUCCACAUCUCCCCCAUGGUCACCCUGUACUACCCGACGCACGCGCACCUGGGCCUCCCCACGCCCCUGCUGCGCAGCGGGGGGUGGCUGAACCCGGCCACCGCCCAGGCCUUCCGGGACUACGCCGGGCUGUGCUUCCAGGAGCUGGGGGACCUGGUGAAGCUCUGGAUCACCAUCAACGAGCCCAACCGGCUGAGCGACGUGUACAGCCACACCGGUAACGACACCUACCGGGCGGCGCACCACCUGCUGAUCGCCCACGCCCUGGUGUGGCGCCUCUACGACGGGCGCUACCGGCCGGCGCAGCGCGGGGCCGUGUCGCUGUCCCUGCACUCGGACUGGGCCGAGCCCGCCAACCCCUACGCCCGCUCGCACUGGCAAGCGGCCGAGCGCUUCCUCCAGUUCGAAAUCGCCUGGUUCGCCGAGCCGCUCUUCAAGACCGGCGACUACCCGCGGGCCAUGCGCGAGUACAUCGCGCUCAAGAACAGGCAGGGGCUCUCGCGCUCCGCCCUGCCGCGGUUCACCGAGGAGGAGCGGCGGCUGGUCAAGGGCGCCGCCGACUUCUACGCCCUCAACCACUUCACCACCCGCUUCGUGAUGCACGCGCGCCAGAACGGCAGCCGCUACGACGCGGACAGGGACGUGCAGUUCCUGCAGGACAUCACCUGCCUGAGCUCCCCCAGCCGCCUGGCGGUGCUGCCGUGGGGGGAGCGCAAGGUGCUCGGCUGGAUCCGCAGGAACUACGGGGACGUGGAUGUCUACAUCACGGCCAACGGCAUCGACGACCGGUCUCUGGACAACGACGAACUGCGCAAGUACUACCUGGAGAAGUACGUUCAGGAGGCGCUGAAAGCACACCUAAUUGAUAAAAUCAAAAUUAAAGGCUAUUAUGCAUUCAAACUGACUGAAGAAAAAUCUAAACCCAGAUUUGGAUUCUUCACAUCUGAUUUCAAAGCUAAAUCCUCAGUUCAGCUUUACAACAACCUGAUCGGCAACAGUGGCUUCCCUUCUGAGAACAUGAGUCCUAGAUGCAAUCAGACUCAAAGAAACACGGAGUGCAUGGUCUGCUUAUUUCUUGUGCAAAAGAAACCACUGAUAUUCUUUGGUUGCUGCUUCUUCUCCACCCUGGUUCUACUUUUAUCAAUUACCAUUUUUCAUAAGCGAAAGAGAAGAAAAAUUUGGAAAGCAAAGAACUUACAACAUAUACCAUUAAAGUAAGGCCACAGAGAAGUUCUUAGUGAAACGGAUCCUAUUUCUGUCGGCAUGAUAGAAAGUCUGAAAAUUCACUCCAGUUCCAUACACUGGUAACUUAUAGAAGACAACCUGAAAUACUAGUGGUAACCAAGGUGAUGACAAUCGAGGUCUCUGCUGCGUGGUCCAAGUGAAUUUUCCAUCAGGUGUUCACAUUCCUGAAUUCAGUUCUUGCAUCUGAAGAUAAAGGCUUUACCCAGACAGUAAGCUGUGAGGAUUAUCUGAUACACUGCUUCAUUAAGUGUAAUGAGCUGUUAUCCAUCAUUCUUCUCUAGCUUUCUUCUAUAAAUACCAAUAGAUACUUAUAACAAAUUACGUAGAAAAAAGUACAACUUUUGCUAGACUCCACAGCAGAAAUUUACAACUCUUAACAGUGGAUAGUUGGUGAUUAUUGUCACUUCUAACAAGGUGCUUUUCCCCUUUAGAAAAUAUGUAAUAGGCUAAGUAGUGCUCAUUCAUCAUCAGCUCCAGCACAGACUCUUUAGCAUACUGAUCCUAGUUUUUCUCAAUGGAAGUAAAAAUCAUCACUUAUAAAACAUGGUAUUUCGUGAGGUCCCUCUCAUAUCAGAUCUGAUUUAAAAACAGAACUUCCAUGACUCAUUUCAUGGGAAGAUCACGGAACUAAGAUCAAGAGCUAGACCCAACUGCCUGUGGAGACAGCACUCAACCUCACAGUAAAGCAAAUUCCUCUUUAGACAAAACGACAGCAUUCUUCCUCACUUGGACUUUUGUGAGGCAACAAAC